ACGUGUCAGAUUACAGACGAAAAAGUGUCACAUUGAACGCAUGUGAAUGGUGAAAGUAUACUAACGCAGUGAGCAAUACACUGAACGAAAUCUUUAGAAAUGGUUGACGAAGCAACUCGCAAAAGUUUGAGCGGGAUCCCUCUACUCAAAACCAAAGCUGGCCCUCGUGAUAAAGAACUUUGGGUUCAGCGGUUGAAAGAAGAAUUCCAGGCCCUCAUCAAGUAUGUCGAGACGAACAAGCACCAGGAUAAUGACUGGUUCCGACUCGAAUCUAAUAAAGAAGGCACCAGGUGGUUUGGAAAAUGCUGGUACAUUCAAGACCUGCUGAAAUAUGAGUUCGAUGUGGAAUUUGAUAUUCCAGUCACAUACCCUACUACAGCACCAGAAAUCGCUUUGCCAGAACUAGAUGGUAAAACUGCCAAGAUGUACCGAGGAGGAAAAAUUUGCCUGACAGAUCACUUCAAACCACUGUGGGCAAGAAAUGUACCCAAAUUUGGAAUUGCUCAUGCUAUGGCUCUUGGUUUGGGACCCUGGUUGGCGGUAGAAAUUCCAGAUCUUAUCCAGAAAGGUAUCAUCGUGUAUAACGACAAAAGUAGAGCAACAUAAUUUUUAUUUCAUAUUUUUAUUGCAAAAAAAAAUAUUCGAGAAAAACAAAAUGAACGAAUUUAUGAAUGUACUGUACUCCAUGAAAGAGCCACGGAAAAGGAAUACAAUCUAGUGGCGUUUUGUUACGCGAUGGGUCA